GAUCAUGACACUGCUGGCUUUGCGAAGCUUUUCUCAUGCUUUGGAAACAAAAAUUCCUUAAUCAGAGAGAACCGAUUGUUCUCUAUAAUGUGACAGAACAACAGCGAGCAUUCCAUCGUCAUUACCAUGUCCUAUAGCCCCCUAUAAGACCACCUUGCUAUGAUCAAACAGGCCCAGCGGCCACCGUGCUUCUUUCAUCUUUUAUCCUUGAAGCAGUCUUCAGCUCAAAGCGAAACCAUGUCUGCGUGCAACUCGUUCCUGGAGCUCCCAGAGCAACUAGGCUAUGUCCAGUGCAGUUUCUGCACAACCAUUCUGCUGGUCAGUGUACCAUGCAGCAGCCUGUUGAAGGUGGUGACAGUUCGAUGUGGACACUGCACUGGUCUCCUCUCUGUUAGCUUGGUGCGGACUUCCUUUCUUCCUCUGCAGCUCCUAGCCUCCCUAGGGACUGAUGAGGAAAAACAUGAAGAAUGUGGGGAUGCGCCUCCCAGGGCCGGCGAAGAUGGAGACGAUGAAGAAGACAAUGAAAAAGAGGGUCCCCCUAAGACCCCUGUGGUAAAUAAACCUCCAGAGAAGAGACAGCGAGCUCCAUCAGCUUAUAACCGCUUCAUCAAAGAAGAGAUUCAGAGGAUCAAAGCUAAAGAACCCAACAUCACCCACAAGGAGGCCUUUAGCACGGCUGCUAAAAAUUGGGCUCACUUCCCUCGAGUUCAGCACAAGGGAGGUGAGAGCUGCAGCAUGGGAAAAGGGGAAAACGCCACGGAUGAGGAGGUAAUAUGUAUGCAUAUAUAA